UAAUUCUUCUACAGCCUAACAGCUCUAGGCUUUAAAUGACUGUUACUUCACUUCAAAGUUAUUGACUAGUUAAACGUCUGUUGAAUGCAUUGGUUUAUACGAAGUUGGAGAUUUAGUGUUCUUCGAAUUAUUGUUAUUGGUUGAAAAAUCUUCUCAAUUUUUACCUGCUCGGAGUUGAAAAGCUUGUUAGACUUUGUUGGUUAUUAACAGCAGAAGACGAUGUCUUCUUCUGGGGAGAAAGUGGCUUCUGAUACCGAGAAGGAAACAGCGGCUGGAACUGACGGUGAUGCAGACCAGGAGACCAUUCAACAAGAGAAGGAGAUAUCACCUAAACAGGAGCUUGAAGAAAUGACAACAAUAGACGCAACUGCUAUACAGAUGGAAGUUGAAACGACUGAUGAUCAACAAGAACUGGAAGAAGAAUCAGAUGGAGGAACUCGCGGCAAAUCUCGAACAAAGCAGGCAGACAAGCGAGGUGCUGGAGCAGCGGCAGUUUCCACUCGUCAAAAAUCAAAAAGACCUCGCAGACAUGUUGCUUCGUCAUCCCUGUAUUAUGAAUAUGAAGUUCCAAGCCGUGUACCAACUACGCCAACACCAAAGAAAUCUGAUCCUUCUGUUCAAGUGGCAACACCUAGUGGCAUGCAAACGCCAGAAUUAAAACCUUACUUCGCAAAAGGAGAAGUUCUGGCUGUGAGAAAUGAAGACGGUGGCUACUAUCUCUGCUCUUGUCCGAUGAAUAUAUUCAACGCUUCGAAACCGUUCAAGAUUCAAUGGUUUGACAAGCAUGAAGAACCGAACAUUUACAAAAAAUCAUAUUUUGAUUUCCUUCAUGAGAAGGCCGUUCUCUAUUCCGGUUUGAGCCUGAAAAAAAUGGAUGCUGGAAAGUUUGAACUUCCAGAGGUACAAGAGAAAAAGAUUCUUCAUCGGCUUGAAAAGUCUUUACAGGGAGUGGAAGAAAUCUCCUCAGACAGUGAGGACGAAGGGUCUUCCUCGGCUGGAGGGUAUUCCCCUAAAAAGAAAGGAAAAAGUUUGAAACUUUCUGCGAAACAAGUGGGAGGACCUGAAAGAGUUCUUCAAGAUGAAGACGCCCCACUUGCAACUCUCACUCCUAGCACAAAGAGAGGGAGAAAGGCCGAGUCAAAGAAAGCUGUUGAAAAGUCCGCUGUUACUCCGAAACUGGGUAAAAUAACAAUGGGACAAGGUUCCGCUAGGAAGAAAACCACAGGAGGGCGAUAUGGAGCAGUAUCAGCUGGCAAAAGUCCAACUAUCAGAUUGGCAAAACCCCAGGCAAAGAUGACUCCGGGAUCAUCAGGGACUCCUGUGUUCAGCCCUAAAAGCAACAGCAAAACCAAGAAAUUGUUACAAAUCACCAAUGCCCAAGAUGAGAAGUUGGGUGGAGCGAGCAUUGUCAGCUCAGACACCGUUGUGCAAUACAUGUACAGUCCUGAUGCAGUGUCUAGUAGCCAUCCGAGAAAUGACCAACUAACACCCAACAUGGAUAUUGAGAUUGCUGACAAAGAUCCUGCUUUUGAUAGCCGAGCUGCUCGUCCAUUUCUUCCUUGGUCGAAGUUGGCAAUUCGCGCUGUGAUUUUGCAAGAUGUUGAACAGCUGGAGGAGUUGUACAAGGAAAGACAGAAUGCACCAGAUUUUAUGAGACAGUACAGAUCAACAGAUGUUCAAUACACUGCAUUGCAUUACGCUCUGCUCAGCUCAAACCAAGGUGUUCUGCAGUCAUUGCUGCACGAAAUGAAACGAGUAGACGAUCACCAUUCCAUCGAGACGACUCCUGAAGUUUUGAAAGACCCGAAUGACCCUGAAAAUGGGUUCAAAGGUGAUCAUCUCUCUGCUGUUGACAUCAGUAAAGGAAUGAAAGAAGGGAAUUAUGCUUUCUUGAAGGAUUGGCAUUUAGGAAUGCCAAACGAUACAGCGACUGCAUUAGAGUACGCAACAUUCGCUUGCUCACACGGUGUCGGCAGAGAUACUUUACGUCUUCUUAUGUCACAUUACCCCAAGCUUAAAGAUGGGACUAUGACAAAUCUUCUUCUUCAAAGCAUCUGUCAUGCUGCGGAGAUGGGUCACGUUGACACAACACAUUUUUUGAUCUCGUACAUUCGCAAAAAUCAUUCUGAAUCUGUUCCAGGGGGAGUUCAAGGUUCACCGGGGUCAUUGCAAGGUCACGGUUUCACAGAUUUGCAUGAGUUGGCGUUGUCGCAAGAGGAGCCUAUGCCGAGAUUAACAAACAAAGAAAUCAAGAAGAGGAGUGCCAGUGCAAAUGGAUGGCUUCAACCUGUCCAUUUAGCUGCGAUUAAUCCAGAUCCAACCAAUAUCAAAAAUUUAUUUCAGUUAUCAAGAGAUUGCAUUAAUGCUGCGGACAUCAGAGGACGUCGACCAAUUCAUUAUGCUGCUGCCUGUGAGGGGACAGGGCCAUUGGAAUUUCUGUGCACGAGAGUCAACUUUGAAGAACAGGAUCAGAUGGGAAUGACUCCAUUGAUGGUGGCUGCAUUAGCGGGUCGCCAUCGUAACGUUGAGCUGAUCCUAAAGUCAGCUUCAAAGAACAUGCUCCACCAUGUGGAGAACGUUGUUGAACGUCCAGACAGAAAUAAUUAUGCAGCUGUUCAUUAUGCUGCACAACAUGGACAUGCGAAUGUGAUAGAAGUCCUCUCCAAAUAUGGGGCGAACAUGGAUCGGCCCGUCAGCAUCUCGAAGGCUAGAGCGACACCGUUGAUGUUAGCUGCGGCAAAUGGACAUUUGAAGACCUGCAUUGCUCUCGUGAAUUGUGGCGCAAGUAUUGAAGCUCCAGACAAACUGCAAAGAUCUGCUCUGAUUCACUCUGCUCUGAAUGGUCAUUACCCUGUGAUGACUUAUCUGCUGAGAAAAGGUGCGGAUCCAAAUGUAACGGAUUCCUCAAACAACUCAGCAAUCCACUACGCUGCAGGUUAUGGCUGGUAUCAUUGUGUUCAACUACUACUUGAUGCCAACGCCAAUCCAGAUGUUUACAAUGACAGAAAGAUGCCUCCAAUUGGAGUUGCUCUCCUCAAAAACCAUCGGGAUGUUGCCAACUUAUUAUUUGAGCAUGCUGCAAACAUUCAUUUCAAAGACGAACGAGGACGCACAAUACUUUCCAGGCUUCUCGCUGAUGAAUCGUUGUCAUGGCAACUUGUCGAUCUCAUCGCAUUUUUACUCGACACUUAUAAACCUGACGUGAACGCUCAAGAUGUCCAGGGGAUGGCGCCACUUCAUAACAUCGCUUCCAACUCCAUCUGGUCUCGUACUCAACCUAGGACUAUUCAGAUUGAAAAAAGAGCAGUUAGUUUAUAUCUUGCGGAGUUAUUACUUGAAAAAGGAGCCGAACUAAAUAUGGCUGACUACAGAGGAAGAUUGCCUCUUUAUUUUGCGGUCGAAGACAUGAACGUGAACCUGAUAGAGCUCAUGGUAAGGAAAGAUACUCAUUGUCCGCGAAGUGUUAAUGCUGUUGGUGACAAUAUACUUCAUAUGUUAGCAAAGAACUGGGACCAAGGCAAUAUGGCUGAAACUGUAUUUGGACUUGUGAAUAGGACCCCACAGACAGUGAUUGAGCUCGCGUCUCGAAGAAAUAAAUAUGGACUAACACCUCUGCUAUUGCUGGCAAAGACUAUUGGGGAACAAACACUGCCUAAAUCUACAGAAUCUAAUUCUGAUACAUAUGGAGAGGAAGUCAAGAAAAUUCAAAAAUCUCUCGAAGAUAUUGCCUGCCCUCUACUGGAAGCUCUUGUUCUCGCUGCAAAGAGUGAUAUAAGUAUGGUGGUCGGUAAAACUCGAAGAAGUUACAGAAACCUCACAGAUGAUGGGAAAUCUGCUGCACAUUACUUGAGCAAGGCUGCUGUAGAUAAGGAUUUCAAAGUUCUAUCAGCUCUGCUUCGUCACAAACCAAAACUCGAUGUUCUUGAUCAGCUUGGAAAUUCUCCGCUCACGAUGGCGAUAUUGCAUCGUAAUUCACGGGCAGUUCAACUCCUCCUCGACGCGGGUGCUCAACCGAACUUUUGUUCAAAUAACAAGAAGCAUAAAUACCCGAUGGCUCCUCUCAUCCUGGCAACAGCAAGACACGGACCAGGAGAGAAAAGUCUUCUACCAGCGAUCCGUGCACUGCUUCGUACAAUCACUGACAUUAAACUUGUUCCCGCUGACCCAAGGAACGGCAGAACUGCUCUGAUGUGUGCAGUAGAACAGGAGGAGGAAAUGGAUCUUGUAAAUGCUCUUCUCGAGAAGCAAGCAUCAUUGAAUGAACGUGACCACAACGGUUGCUCUGCGCUUCAUCUUGCGGUGAACGCUAGUGGACCGAAUUCUGCGCUAUUCGACAUUCCUGAUAUGCUUAUUGAGAAAGGAGCUAGCCUCACAGCAGACGAUGAUAGUGGGAGGAUUCCAUUGCAUUAUGCGUACAUGAAGAUUGGAAAGUCUGAAAGCAACAAAUACAACGAUCCAAUAGAGCUGACGACUCUCCUCACAUCAGGAAUGACAGCUGAUAAAAUAGACACAGCUGAUAAAAAUGGACAAACGCCGCUUCAUGCUGCUUCAAUGCAAGGAGCCAUGAUAUGCUGCAUGCAUCUGGUAGAAAGAGGAGCGAAUAUAAACAGACAAGACUCAGAUGGGAAUUCACCGCUUAGCUUGGCGGUUAAGUCUGGACAGACAAGUUGUGCAGUGAUGCUUAUCCAAAAAGGGGCCAACGUGAACACAAAUGUUAUCACGAUUCCCAAGGAUUCCGCAAGUGAAAUUCCAGCCAAGAAGUGGCAACUCAAGUCUGCUAAUGUUUUACCAAUGAAAUCAACAUGUGAGCCAGUGUUCAAGGUUGUCGUGGAAAAAGGUUGGCAAGGGGUAACGUACGUUAUGCUUGAUCGCCUCGAAGCCUGUGGUGUGAAAUACGCUGCAGCUGUUGAGGCUGCAAUGAGAGCAAAGAAAUAUCAAGUUGUUCUAUCUCUUCUACGUAAACAGCGGGAUUCUGGAAAACUUUGUGAAAAAAAUGAAAAGAAACAGAAUCUCCUUCAUGUCCUUGCGAUGAAUCGACCUUCGAACUCAGAUGUUCAAAUCAAGGUUGCACAGCUUUUAAUAGAGCGAGGUGUCCCAGAUUACACGACUGAUGAUUAUCAAUGCACACCAUUGCAUUAUGCCGCUUACACAAAGAACCACACUCUCAUCAAGUUCUUCAUGGAUCGAAACCCAUCUUCUGUCAGAAUGAUCAGUUUCACGGAUUUCAAGAAUCGUAAUGCCAUUGCUGCCCUCUUGUGGAACCCGGUAAUCAAUGAUGAACUAACCACGACCAUUCUAAAACUUUUCCUGGAACAUGACAAAGGUAGCGGAGCAAUCAACCAAUCAUGUAACUUUCCUGAUAUAUCAUCUGUAGUUGGCGACUACUCCGUUGAAGCUUACUUUAAUUCUGAAGAGAUCGACACAGUUCAAAUAAACCCUAUUGUGAGAGCCAUUCAGAGGAAAGCACACAGGGUCCUUGAUCUUCUUCUUGAAUACAAUGUUGACAUCAAUGUACAAGUGGAAGGAUUGCAUAACCAGACUCCAUUGAUGGUUGCUGUGCAGCAGAAUGAUGAAUAUGUUGUGAAGAAGCUACUCACUCACAAGACCCCUGUUCUUCUCUCCUCACUCGAUGAUGAGGGACGAACGGUUCUGCAUCAUACUACCCGACCUUUGACUUAUGGAUAUUGGGAGAAUACGAACAUAUUACAAUUGCUAGUCGAGCAAGGCGUACCUCUGACUGUUCGUGACCGUUACAAUAAACUUGCAUUAGAUUAUGCGUUGGAGGAAGGCUCGGGAAAAAUGUCUGAAGCUCUUCAAGCUGUUAUGGGACUCCCUGAACUUGAAUGGCAAAAACCGAUGCAAAUCACGGCAGAAAUUCAGGAAGAGAAUUGGGAAACUUCCCAACCAAUGUAUGAAGUGGACGCAGGUACAAUACUCGAUCGAAUCAGAGAAGAUGAAUUAGAAAAUGAAGUCGAGCGGCCAUUGCCCCAACCCGAUGUUUUGUCUGGACUUAGAGAAACUGGAGAGAUAGUGAUUGAUCCCACAAUGAAUCGUCCAUGUGAUGUUUUCCUUACGGCCGUCGAUGUACAGCAAGGCGGUGUAGUGCAGUAUAACUUCUUCAGAAUACAGGUGAUUCACCAGAAAGGACGACAUCUUUACUUGUUCUUCACACGUUGGGGAACAAUAGGAGAACGUGGCAGUUGGCAAACUUCCCCGUUCAAAACCCCAGUCAAUGCGAUCAACGAAUUCGCAAAAUAUUAUAAACUAAAAACUGGGAAUGAAUGGAGAAAUGUCAACAAUUUCAAGCCACAAACUCGCAAGUACCAUUUGGUGGCAGCAGAGGUUCAACAAAAACGAGGAGUAGCAGACUUGGAAUUUGAUCUUCGUUCCGAUAUCGCUUCGCAACUCGACCAAGAAGUACGAGAAGCUUUCACUGACUUGAUCAGCGUUGACUCCAUGAAAGAAGCCCUCAAGGACAGCACCAAUGUAGACCCCGAUAUCAUGCCUUUCGGAAGAUUGGAGAAGGACAGACUGAAUCUCGGAGUUGAUAUAUUGAAUGAAAUUAAGGACCUAAUUGCGACAACGCAGGAAUUGAAAUUAGAAGAUGCGCAGGAUCAGAUCAGAUUACAGAGAGCUUUGGAGAAGAUUCAACAACUCAGUACAGAAUACUUUCGUCUGCUGCCACCACGUGGUGGAUUGUUUGAUCGAGUUCGCUCAAUCUGCGAUGUCGCAACACUCAAUCAACUCAUGAAACAAACGCAACGAUUAAUUGAACUUGAGUUUUCAAAUAAAGUUCUCCUCGGAGCUCAAUAUCGAAUCAAUGAAAUGAAUCCUCUUGACUAUGUAUAUCGGUCAGUUGGAUGUAGAGUCAAAGUGAUGGAACCACUGUCAGAUGAAUCCCAAUAUAUCUUGCAGUAUCUGUAUAACAGCGCACCUGCUGGAACUACAGUGGAGUGUAUCUAUCGAAUCAGCAGACCAGGAGAAGCAGAAAACUUGGUUUCAACAGGACUCGGUAACUUUAAGAUGUUGUGGCACGGAACCAACAUUCUCAACUUGAUGUCUAUUCUUCAUAAAGGACUGAUGCUGACAGAGCCUCCACCUAUUGGUCCUCUACUGCAGUUUGGCAAGGGUAUAUACAUGUCUGAUAUGGCUAGCUGUGCAAUGCAAGACUGCAAGAAGUGGGACAAAGAGAAGAAAUACCUAUUACUUUGCCAGGUUGCUUUGGGACAUGUGAAAGAAAUACGAGAUGAUAUGCCGAGAGGAGAAAUGGAAGUUGCGAAUUCAGUGAUGGCUGUCGGGAAAAACAUCCCAAAACCCGGUCAUGAGCUAAUUCUUCCAGAAGGUGGAGCUAUACCUCUUGGAGAACAGAUAAAAAACCCGGAUAUGACCGGCGUGUCGAAUGCUUACAAUGAAUAUGUUGUGUACAGUCAAGAGCAGGUUUGCCUUCGCUACUUGGUUCGAUAUUCGGAUGCGGAAACCUCUCACUCGGUCUCACCUACUUCAACAACAAGCAGUACUUCGAAGCUGCCGAAGUAAAUCGUCUGAAUUCUCUCGUCGGGAUGAAAUAUAAA